GCGAGUCUGUGGGCAGCAAGCUAGAGACAGUGAACUUUGGUAAACUGGAUUUCGGGGAGACCGCCGUGCUGGACAGGUUCUACAACGCAGCUAAAGAGCUAAACAUCGUUUGAAACACCAGAGGUAAACAUCACACUGGCCCAGCAUGCAAGAGCACCACAAGCAUCCUCUGCUGUUCCUGGAAAGUUGGCAGACUGUUUGGACUUUAUGCUCUCGAAGGUUCCUUUUCAAGGGAUAUUUCCAGAGCAGCAUGGAGAUGAUAUUUCUAAGCAUCUGCCUGUCCUCUGUGUAGAAUGGGCUUCAGGGUAAAACUCCAGCUGCACUUUGCUCCACUAAUACGAGUCUGUUUACCUUGUUUUCCAUUAGACAUACUGGGGAAAAAACCUCAACUACUAUGCACACUGAUGGCUUCGGUUCACUAACAUCACUCAAAGCAGUUUUCCUCACAGUCGCUAUGGUUACAACUUCUUAUAUGUAGCUGUUAUGUAAUAGAUGGUAACGAAGCGUUAUUCACUGUGCCAGCGCUGUUACUAUCUCUCUUGGUAGAGUCAAACUUGCCGUUGGUCCGUGAGUGACCGAGGCAUAAACCGCUACAGUAAUCGCAUUUCUUCAAUCAUGACAAGUCAACGGCAUUUUCAUAAAUAUGGAAUAUUAUCAGGUCAAAGUAAGGUCACAUACCAACACAUGCAAACACUGUAUCCUCCUCUUUCCCAGCUAGAUGACGUAGGACGCAUGAAAUGUAAUGGAACAGUUGUGGUGAACUGAAAUCACUCUUGCAUUGCAACUUACUAAAGUUUCCAAUGUGCCAGUACAAGCUUAUACAGCAUCUUUGGGAUUAGAUAGAUACCAAUAUUCACAUUUAUUCACCUUUAAUUUGAUUUAUAGAUCAAUAUCUUUAAUGAUUAUUAACGAUAUCCUUCAUUUUUGGGCAGAUUUCUGGGCAGCAAUUUUUUUUCUAAUGAUGUACACAUUUUAUGAAGUGGCUACAGAGGUUCAGUAGUUAUCAGCAGUAAAUAUUUAAAGCUCUGAAAUACAGUGGGAGGUUCAGAUAAUGAUUCGGAAAGAUUAUUCAAGAAGAAUGGGUCAGACUUUGCACACAGCUGUCCUGGGAUCUGAUGUAGUUCACCCUUCACCUUCUGACAACUGAUGUGAACUGAAGCGUGAUGCUGACUGCGUUAAGAAGUUCAUUUUCAAAUCUUCACUUCUAAGUUCAAAUAAAGAGUCAAGUUUUGCAAUCCAGCUUUAAUAUACAUUUAAAAAGUGUUGUAGUCCUUGUAAAUCAGCACUUGAAAUGUACAUUUUUUCCUUCUAGAAAGCCACCAGUACUUGUUUGAUGUAUGUAGAUUUAAUGUUUUAGUUUUACAUGUUGUAUCUGUAGCUGCCUUGAUAAAUCAUUAAUUAUUUAAUCUAUAUAUCUAUACACAGAGCUCACUUUAUUGAGUUUUGGCUUUGAGCACAGCAGCCCUAUCCAUCUGAUGUUCACACCUUAAGUUUGUAAGGGGCAAAUCUAUCAGAAGAAAGUUAGCUUAGAGGGAGGGCUUGUUGUAGGGAAUCAUGCAAAUCUGUUCCUGUAAGAGUCCAAAAUAAAAUUAUGUAGCUGGGAGUGAGCAAAACAGGUCACCUUAAUCUACAGCUGUAGGGAUGUAUAGCAUAGCUGAAACACAAUCUCUCAGUAUUGUUUAUAGCUUAUGAUUUUAGGCUGCUGGUAGCAAUUGUUUAUUUUUCUCCACAACCUGAUCUCAUUAAAAUAGAUUUCUCUGUGUCCAAUCAUGUGCUCUCUAGUAGAGACAAGAGACUCUGCUUUGCUGAAAUGAUCCAGAUCCAUGUGAAAAUGCUCCAGAGCUUUUUAGAUCAUAAUAUUUUAGAUGGAGCUGAUCCCCCAGCUCCUCUUCAGAAAGAGCAUGUGGAGCUGAUGGAGGAUCUCUGGAGAGUGCUGGGAAGGAUCCAUAAAGAGAAGCCAACAGACACCAGAACAGUCUCCAGUAAAUUCGAAGCCCUCCACUCCGAGCUGCUCACCUGAGGCCCGAUGAACCUACAGCACCAGGCCGAGUGCUGCUGAGAGUCAAACACUGUGAGAGAGUAUGUUCAGAGUAUUGAAUUAUUUUCCCUCCUCUGCUUUGAGCAGUAGGCGAGGGAAUCAAUUUACUUUUGGUCCACACUGGCAGGUCCAACUGUAGGAGGUGUAGCAGGAUUAUCAGGGCAUCAGUAUGAAUGUUUUACUCUUCAUUUCUUUUUUACAUUUUUUUCUGCAUGUCUUAUCUCUCACUGAUGUAGACAGAUUUCAGUUUACUGGUGAUACCAGGUGAUUGUAAAACACCAGAUGCGGUGAAAAGGUGCCACUGUAUGCGAAAAGGGUGACGAGGAGUCUCAAGUAACUCCUCUGCAGGCUUCACGAAGCCUUCUGUCAACACUAUGUUGGCAGGUCUGCUGCUGUAUUGGCAUGCGUUUCACUCUGCUGUUGCAUUGACAUAGCUGUGGUGGAGAUGACAGAUGCCUUCCGGCAGCCUUCGCUCUUCUACCACCUGGGAGUGAGAGAAAGCUUCAGCAUGGCCAACAACAUCAUCUUGUACUGCGACACUAACUCUGAUGCUCUCCAGUCUCUGCAGGAGAUAAUUUGCCAGAAGAACACUACAUGCUCAGCUAACUACACCUUCAUCCCGUACAUGGUGACACCUCAGAAUAAGGUGUACUGCUGUGAGGGCAGCCUGAUGAAGGGCCUGACCGAGCUGAUGCAGCCCAGCUUCGAGAUGCUGCUGGGUCCCAUCUGCAUGCCUCUGCUGGACCGCUUCAUCCAGCUCCUCAAAGUGUCGCAAGCCAACUCCCACCAGUAUUUCCGUGAGACGAUUCUGAAUGAGAUCCGUAGAGCCCGGGAGCUUUACACUGGCUUGGAACUGGCUGCAGAGCUGAGCCGAAUCCAGCAGCGGCUGGACAACGUGGAGUGCCUUUCAGUUGAUGUCGUCAUCAAUUUGCUGCUUACGUACAGGGACAUCCAGGAUUAUGAGUCCAUCGUGAAGCUGGUAGAGACUCUGGAGAAGCUUCCGACCUUUGACCCCAUGGCUCAUCCACAUGUGAAGUUCCACUACGCGUUUGCUCUGAAUCGAAGGAACCUUCCGGGCGACAGGCAGAAAGCCCUGGACAUCAUGCUGCCCCUGGUGGAAGGCGAGGAGCAGGUAGCGAGUGACAUGUACUGCCUGGUGGGACGUAUCUAUAAGGACACGUUCCUGGAGUCAGACUUUACCAACACACAGAGCAGAGACAACGGCGCACUCUGGUUUAAAAAGGGGUUUGAGUCAGAGCCAACACUACACUCUGGUAUCAACUAUGCUGUUCUUCUGCUGGCAGCUGGACACCAGUUUGACACGUCGUUCGAGCUCCGCAAAGUGGGAGUUAAGCUGAGUAGCCUGCUGGGUAAAAAAGGCAGCCUGGACAAGUUGCAGAGUUACUGGGAUGUGGGCUUCUUCCUGGGUGCCAGCAUCCUGGCCAGUGACAGCACCCUGGUCAUCCAGGCUUCUGAGAAACUCUUCAAGCUUAAAGCCCCUAUAUGGUAUUUGCGGUCAUUGGUGGAGACCAUCUUGAUCUUUCAGCACUUCAACAAGCCCAGCGUAGAGCAGCCCUCCUACAAACAGGAGCUGGUGGACUUUUGGAUGGACUUCCUGGUGGAGGCGACCAAAAAAGAUGUCUCCUCUGUUCGAUUUCCUGUGUUGAUUUUGGAGCCAACUAAAGUGUACCAGCCUUCAUAUUUGUCCAUAAACAAAGACGUGGAUGACAACACAGUGUCAAUCUGGCACGUUGCGCCUGAUGACAAGAACAAGGGGAUCCAUGAGUGGAACUUCAGCGCCACAUCUGUACGAGGUGUCAGCAUCUCCAAGUUUGAUGAACGCAGUGCCUUUCUCUACGUCCUUCAUAAUGCAGAAGACUUCCAGAUCUACUUCUGCACAGAGAUGCAUUGUAAAAGAUUUUGUGAUCUGGUCAACAGCAUAACAGAGGAAGCCUGGAAGUGUCCAGAGGAAGGAGAAUGUGACACUGAUACCUUAGAGUACGACUAUGAGUAUGAUGAGCACGGAGAGAGAGUGGUUCUGGGUAAAGGUACAUUCGGAGUGGUGUACGCCGGUCGAGACCUCAGUAACCAGGUCCGACUGGCCAUCAAAGAAAUACCAGAGAGAGACAGCAGGUACUCUCAACCACUUCAUGAGGAGAUCGCCCUCCACAAGCACUUAAAGCACAAGAACAUUGUCCAGUACCUGGGCUCUAUCAGCGAGAACGGCUUCAUCAAGAUCUUCAUGGAGCAGGUGCCUGGAGGGAGUCUGUCUGCACUGCUGAGGUCCAAGUGGGGCCCACUGAAAAACAAUGAGCCCACCAUCGGCUUCUACACACGGCAGAUCCUGGAGGGGCUCAAAUACCUGCACGACAACCAGAUUGCACACAGAGACAUCAAGGGUGAUAAUGUACUCAUCAACACCUACAGUGGCGUCCUGAAAAUAUCAGAUUUUGGCACAUCCAAAAGGUUGGCUGGGAUCAACCCCUGCACUGAGACUUUCACAGGCACAUUGCAAUACAUGGCUCCUGAAAUUAUAGACAAGGGCCCACGGGGAUACGGCAAACCAGCAGACAUCUGGUCCCUUGGCUGCACCAUCAUAGAGAUGGCCACUGGGAAGCCACCUUUCUAUGAACUGGGAGAACCACAGGCCGCCAUGUUCAAGGUGGGUAUGUUUAAAAUCCAUCCAGAGAUCCCAGAGUCCAUGUCACCAGAGGCUAAAGCCUUUAUCCUUCGCUGCUUUGAGCCCGACCCGGACCGACGUGCCACCGCGCUCGACCUGCUCACCGAUGAGUUCCUCACCGUCACCAGCCGAAAAAAGAAGAGCAAGGGCAGCUUCACAGCUCUGACACCAGGAUCAGAGUAUCUCCGCAGUAUCUCGUUGCCAGUGCCCGUUGUAGUGGAAGACACCAGCAGCAGCAGCGAGUAUGGCUCCGUCUCCCCUGACAACGACCUCAACACCAACCCCUUCAUCUUCAAGCCAAGCAUCAAGUGCUACAGUGAAAAGGAUGUCAAGGGCCAGAGGUCCCUCUUUCUCAGCAUUCCAGUGGAGAACUUCGAGGACCACAGUGCCCCUCCAUCACCUGAUGAGAAGGACUCGGGCUUCUUUAUGCUUCGGAAAGACAGCGAGAGGCGAGCUACCUUGCACCGUAUCCUUACUGAAGAUCAGGCCAAGGUGGUGGCCAACCUGAUGGAAGCCCUGGCACAGGGCUCAGAGGAAAUGAAGCUAAAACAUCAGCACAUCUCCACCCUUGUGGUGAGUCUUGCUGACUUUGUUCGGAUGGCAGACAGGAAAAUCAUCGCCAACACCCUGUCUCAGCUCAAGCUGGAGCUAGACUUUGACAGCACUGCCAUCAGUCAACUGCAGAUUAUGCUGUUCGGCUUCCAGGAUGCUGUGAACAAAGUGCUGCGAAACCACAACAUCAAGCCUCACUGGAUGUUCGCUUUGGACAACAUCAUCCGCAAGGCUGUGCAGACUGCCAUCACGAUCCUGGUGCCAGAACUCAGGCCUCACUUCAGUCUGGCCUCAGAAAGUGAUGCAGCCGAUCAGGAGGACAUCGAUGAUGACGGCGAGCCAGACAGAACCUCCACGCACCAGAGCCGGGCGCCUCCUGGCGCCGCUCACGAUGACACGGUGGCUACCUCGGGAGUCAGCACACUCAGCUCCACCGUCUCCCACGAAUCCCACAAUGCACAGCGCUCUGUGAGCAUGGAGCUAGGGAGGAUGAAGCUGGAGACCAGCAGGUUGCUGGAACAGCUGCUGGAGAAGGAGAGGGAGUAUCAGUCCAUCCUGCAACAAGUGCUGGAUGAGAGAGAGCAAGAGAUCAGACUACUGAAGCUGCGAACUGAGCCUGAAGACACCCCCACAUCUUCGCAUGACCUGGAGGGACAGAGGAGCCAACCUGCAGAGAGACGUGACGACCCAGAGCUGACCAGCUGGCUGACACGUUACGGUGCUGACCAGGAUGCCAUAGACAGGAUACUCAAUGAGGAGUAUACAUUGUACGACAUCCUUCAUGAUGUCACAAGAGAUGAUCUGAAGAGUUUAAGACUGAGAGGUGGGGUCUUGUGUAAGCUAUGGAAGGCCAUCACAGACUACAGGCAGAAGCUAUUCUAAGGCCUUAAGUGGUGACAGCCACUCAGAGAAGCCAGGACUUUUUUUUGUCCCCAACAACUCCUCUUUACCUCAGCGUUUAUAAAAGCAAGAUCCUGGAGAAGAAGCUGUGUUGACCAUGUUCCACCCACACAACAAUCUUCUGGAGUAUUUUAUAAUUUUGAAAACAAAGAGUUUGGAUAUUAGGUCAUUUUGAAAGUAAAAAUUAAUGAGAAGUGCCACUAGUUUUGUUAUACCUGAUGGACAGGGCACAGCUUUUGUUACAGGUGUGUUUAAAAUGACAGCUGGUAGGAAAAUCUAUUAUUGAAAUCUUGAAAACUGUCAAGAAAAACAUUUUCUCCUGUCUUUACAAGAUGUGACGUUUACAACUGAUCGUUUUCUAAUACAGGCCUGAGAUACAAAAUACUACAUUCAUCUGUACUGAUAUUUUUAUCAUUGCUUAUCUUAUCACUACUUUAUUUAAAUGUGUUUUAAUUUAAUUGUUAUAGCAAUCUGAAGGAUGUCAUUCCAUGUACUGCUUUUGUUUUUUCUUUUAUUUUGUUUUUUGUUUUUGUUUUUCAAACUGAGACUUAUUUAAAUUGUCCAUGCUUUUUUUUUUCCACUUUUCCUUUUAUAAUAUGAAUCUACAAUUUUAUUUUUAAGAAAUAUAUUAUGUAAAUAUAGUGUUAUAUAAUUCUAUGUGGAUGACAUUUAUGUACUUUGAAAAAGACAUCUCUAAACACAGUCAAAUCUCCAUGUAGAUUGGACCAAGUUUGCAAUGAGCACAUGUGAAAAAUUAAUUCUGUAUUAUUGUAUUUUCUAGUAUCACAAAUCAUAGAUCAUACUCACUUAAUUGACAAAAUUGUGUUUAUCUUGCUUGUGUUGUGUCAGCUUCAUUCAGUCAAAUAUAUAAGUUGUAAUGAAAAAUCUGACAUGCAAACAAACUUCAUAUGGAAGAACCUUGAUGUACUUUUUUAUUAAUAUUUUAAACCAUAACAUCAGAAAUUGGGGGGGAAUCGGUGAGCCUUGUGUCUGUUUUGUUUCAGAUCUGAUUCAAGAUUGUUGUGAUAUAUUGUUAAAAUAAAACUUUUCAUCUUGAAGCUGUGAA